AUGGUCGGGAUCUUCUCCAGGUUCUCCGCCGGCGCCCACCGCUGCUCCAAGAGCGUGGCCGAGGUUGUCGAGACGUUGGCCCCCAACAUUAGUACAGGAGAGUCUGAUCCAGCAGCUGUUCCUGCAGAGAGCCCUCACGGUAUUGAGGUUGGCGUUGAGUUCAAGCCGGUGGAGCACCCUGUGGAACCUCUCAAUCUUGAUGAGCCAGUAAAAUGCCCACUUCCUGAGCCAUCUAUACUGCAUGAUAGGACUAUAGGAGGAUAUGAAGGAGAAGAUGUUGCAGACUGA